GUACAAAAAUAAGCAGCUGAAAGCGUCAAGUUAGGUUUAUUGAAAAAUCAACCUGUAAAGUGAAUAAUUACCGCAUGAAUUAAUAUUUAUCUAAUUGUCGGCGUUGCUUAAUAUUUCUUUCUUUGUAAUAAAAAGCAUGUUUAGCAAUUUUUUUAUUUUCAUUGUUUUAUUUUUGCUAGUUCUUGGUUUUUCAAAUUGCAAAAAAUCUGCCCCGAAUAACAAGCCAGAUUGGGCGAAGAAAGAUGUUAGAGACUUUUCAGACGCAGAUUUAGAACGCCUCCUUGAUCAGUGGGAUGAAGAUGAAGAACCUUUAGAAUCGGAUGAGUUGCCAGAGCAUUUGAGACCACCUCCUAAGAUUGAUAUAUCUCAGUUCUCUGACUCUAAUCCUGAAGCUAUAUUGAAAGCUUCUAAAAAGGGAAAAUCACUAAUGGUUUUUGUGACAGUGUCCGGUAACCCCACUGAAAAAGAAACUGAAGAUAUAACAACUCUCUGGCAAACUAGUUUAAUGAAUAAUCACAUAAAUAUUGACAGGUACCCAAUUGGAUCUGAUAGAGUAAUUUUCAUGUUUAAAGAUGGCAGUCAAGCAUGGGAAGCUAAAGAUUUUUUGGUUGAACAAAAACGUAUGGAAGUAGUAGUCAUUGAAAGUAAAGAAUAUUAUGGAAAAUACAGCUCUAAAAAAGAUAAAAAAUCUAAGAAGAAAGAAGAAUUGUAAUGAUUUAAUAAUGUAAUUGUGACAAAACUAUUUUCUUAUUGCAUUUAUUUUGUAUA